AUGGCUUCAGAUCAAGAAGAGGAUGAUUUCCUCGGUUAUUCUGAUAAUGAAGGAGACGGCGCAAAUACGGAAUCCGACUCGGAUGAUGAUGGACCCACUGCUGUUGAUGAAAAUGGGGAUUUUGAUGAAGGUCAGAGUGUACCAGACCUUAAUGAGGCACCACAGCAAGUGCCAGAGCUUAAUGAGGAACCACAUCAAGUGCCAAAUGAUGAGGAUGUGGCAGAACAACAAACUGAAGCAGUAAGUUCAUCACAUUUACAAGUGGUCCCUUAUUUAUUUGAUUUGAACAUGCCAUCACAUGAAGAAUCAACAUCAUCUCAACAUCAAUCAGACACAACAACACAAGUUCAUCAUAAGCCUAGAACACCAAGAAUAAGUAAUGAAUUGAGGCUGGAAAUAUUGUUGUUCUUGCUUUGCAGAAAGAAUGUAGGGGAAGAAACCCUUAUUCAUGGGACAGUUGAUUUGGCAGUUAAGGAGUAUGGUUACACAAGGAGGACCAUAGGUGGGAUAUGGAACAAGGCAAAGAAACAGAAGGCAGCAUUGAACUCAUAUGUUGUGCAAAACAAAUAUCACAAUUGUGGCAGAAAGAGAAUUCAAGUGACAUAUGAACAAGUUGCAUCAAUAGGCAUGGGGGAUAGAACAUGCAUUAGAGAUCUUGCACAGAUGCUCAAUUUGGGACCAACAACAGUUUGGAGGAUGGUUAUGAGAAAGCUGAUUAAACCCCACUCAAGCCCCUUGCAUCCAGGAAUUUCAGAUGAUUGCAAGAUGGCAAGGGUGAGGUGGGUACUUAGACUGAUAAUGGAUAUCUCUAUACCACAUGAACCAACAUAUUACAGCAUGUUUGAUUUCAUUCACAUAGAUGAGAAGUGGUUUUAUCUAACAAAGAAAAAUCAAAGAGUGUAUCUUGCAAACAAUGAACCAUUUCCACACAGAACAGCAAAGUCAAGAACAAAAAUUCCAAAGUUCAUGUUCAUGGCAGCCGUAGCAAGACCAAGGUGGGGUGAAGAUGGGCAGUGUGAGUUUGAUGGCAAAAUAGGCAUUUUUCCAUUCACAGAUUCAAUAGCAGCCAAGAGAACAUCAAAAAACAGAGUAAAGGGGACAAUUGAGACUAAACCAAUCAAGUCAGUCAAUCAAAUUGCAACAAGGGGCAUGCUCAUCAACAACAUAAUCCUAGCAAUCAAAGAAAAGUGGCCACCACAUGUAGGGGAAAAGGUCAUCUACAUAAUUCAAGACAAUGCUAAGGCACACAUAUUGCAAGCUGAUCCAGAAUGGCAACAACACUUUCAACAAGAUGGGUUUACAUUUGUAUUGACUCAACAACCACCAAACAAUCCAGAUUGCAAUAUAUUGGACUUAGGAUAUUUCAGGUCAAUUCAAUCUCUUAUACACAAGAAAAUGCCAAGAACAGUGGAAGACUUAAGUGGGGCAGUAAUUGAUUCUUUUAAAGAAUUGCAUCCUAAGACUUUGUCUAAUGUUUGGAUGACUCUACAAUUUGUUUCUAAAGAGAUUCUAAAACAUAAGGGAAACAAUGACUACCAACUUCCACACAACAAGAAAAAGAUACUAGCAGAUGAAGGCAAUCUGCCAGAGCAAGUCAAGGCACCAAUAUGGGCAGUGAAUGAAUGCAUACAAGUGUAUGAUGAGUGGAAAGCAAACCAUUGA